CGCUGGUAUCAAUGGCUGGCGCGGAAGCCGCAGGCUUCAGCGUGUAAUCAGCAUCUGCUUUAACGAGAGCCAUGGCGAUAAAAUGUGGUCGUUAAAUCUGCUUGCUAUAGCGAUGUAUGGAGGUUCGAAGUUCUUCCCAGAGAAAACAUUUUUGGUUGCGCCAAGUUUUCAACCACGCUAUAGCUAGCCCAUACAGGACUAGCUCCCUCUGCCACCCUCGACCAUCAACUUUCGAAGUUCUACAGAACAUUGCCAUUCAUACAGCUAUGGCGGCGCCACGAUGUUCAAGAGCCCUGCUGGGUCCUGCAAAAAGAGUCAAUCUCUCCACCCCAACCUCUUGCGCUCGAAGUUUUUCUCACUCCACCCAAUUAAGAGACGAUGCGAACAAUGGUAGCAAGACGACAGGACCACUGGCUGAGGAAUUGGAGAAAAUGGGCAUCAAUCCCGACGAGUACAAGAUGCUGUGGAAAAGUCACCAGCUAGCAGAGCGGAGAUCAAAGAAGCGGGAACCAAAGUCCAAAGAAGAAUCUGAGAAGCGAUGGAAAGAGCUCCAGGAUUCGCCCGAUCACAACACCCUCCUUCACGCAUACAAGAGAGCAGGGAUUGAGCCUAUAAAACUAGCAAAGAAAAUGGGCAUUGAGCUACCAGGCGGCGAGAAACCAAAGUUGGACGUCAAGACAGAAAAGGAGCUCGAUGCUCUCCGUGAUCCCUUGAACGUCAGAGCAAUCCACCUCCGACCCCUCCGCCGCACACCCACACACGGUAUCCCCGUAUGCGAUCUUCAGCUACGAACGUACUCGAUCCGAAAUCUCGAGUUCUUCGCCGACUUCGCCAUGCGAGCAGCAUACUUCCUGAACCUCCCAGCCCGCGGCCCAAUCCCCCUCCCACGGAUAACAGAACGCUGGACGGUCCCACGAUCCAAUUUCAUUUUCAAGAAGUCCCAAGAGAACUUCGAACGUAUCACCAUGCGCCGCCUCAUCCAAAUCCAAGACGGCCACCCUGACGUCGUCAAGGCAUGGCUCGCAUUCCUCCAAGAGCACCAGUUCCACGGUGUGGGUAUGAAAGCGAACAUCUGGGAGCACGAAAGUCUAGAGGAUGCACUCAGCGUUGGUUCGGAUAUCAAGGAGGGUAGCUACGAGGGCAGGAGAGAAUCUCCAAUGUUGGAGAAGGUCAACGAGAUCCUGGCAAGCAAGGGCUUCAAGGAGGCUAUGGCAGGGCACAAGGUUCCCGAAGUUGAGUCGCGGCCUUGAAGAACAGCAUUGUGUACGAUUACUUACUGUGAUUUGGCAUUGGGUUUUGCUAUAUAUUCGACGUGAGAAGGCAAGACAUAUAGUCCCCAAAUGUAUCAAAUGUAUAUAUAUCAUGCCACAAUU